AUGACAUCGCUCCACAACGCGUACUUCGGCAACAAAUCGAAACCUUUCAACGUCAAAAUCAAUAUCAACUGCCUACAGAAAGCUUACGAUCGAGGUCGGCUCCGGCCACGAUGUUCGAGCACGGCAUGGCCCCCUUUUAUGGCCACGAUAGACCUGCCUGGGUGCAAGGCACGGCCGGACUCGGUCCAUGUCUCGACGCGUCUAGCUAGCACGGCGAGAGCAGAAUGCAGCCAGCUGCAAGGGAACUCGACGUUGAGCAACAGCACCGGUGGCUAG